AGAUGGAAGGGAAGCCAACGGGGAACCCUGGGCGGUUUCCUGGGAAUCCAUUGGCCAAGGGGAGGGUCACCCUGUCCGCACACAUCGGUUACUAUGACAAUAUAACCACAGCCUCCAGUUGCCAUGGCAGCUGCCUAUCCAAUCCGAUUGUUUUCUUUUCUCUUCCUCUCCGGGCCCCCCCUUAUCCCCUCCAAGAGUCUCCCAGCGUGCAUGGGGAGGGGCUGCAGAGAAGAGGAGAGGGGGUCCUUCGAGUCACUCUCUACGCGCGAAGGAAGACAAGCGUUGAGGGACUGCUGGGAGGAACUGUAGGAGGAAGGGGCGGCGUUUCCGGUGGGGAAGAGUGGAGGCGUGCAAAAAGGAAGAGGGAAAUCGGCAGGAGUGAUAAGAAGGGGGAAGACUUUGAGUGUAACUCCCGUUCUUUUGGCCUGGGUGUUCCCGGUGGUGGGGUUGGGAUUGCCCCCUUGCGCGGGAGGAGAAGGGUGGAUUGGCAGGAAGCCGCCAAGCGCCACCAGCCGGUCUCUCAGAAGCCGCACAGGCCCCACACAGCUUGUUGAUCCCAAAAGGGAGCGCUACAGAGAGGCGGAAAUCACCGGGAGGGACAGGCGCUGCUGAAAUCUCGCGAGAGGGACCCCCUCCCUCGCCCGGUCGCCGACUUCCUCUGCUUCUCCUCUUUCCCCCGCCCCUCCUCCCUCCCCCUCCCCCCCGGGUCGGAGUGUCCCUGCGCCCCACAGGCCAGAGCAGCAGCGAGAGCAGCUUUCCCCGCUCCCUCCCCCUCGCCUCAUUCACCCCCACCCCCCUGCCGAGCGAGGAGGAGCCGGAGGAGAGGAAGAUGGCGGCGGCCGCCAGCACCCGCGGUGCUGCGGGGCCGCUCCGAGGAGCCUGAGAGACCCACGGAGGCUUCGCGGGGAGACGCGGCGGCGGCGGCGGAGGAUGAGCCUGCAGAGCGCGCAGUACCUCCGGCAGGCAGAAGUCCUGAAGGCUGACAUGACAGAUUCUAAGCUGGGUCCAGCUGAAGUCUGGACAUCCAGGCAGGCUCUGCAGGACCUGUACCAGAAAAUGCUAGUUACUGAUUUGGAAUACGCUUUAGACAAGAAAGUAGAACAGGAUCUCUGGAAUCACGCCUUUAAGAAUCAGAUCACAACACUACAAGGCCAGGCAAAGAAUCGAGCAAAUCCGAAUCGGAGUGAAGUUCAGGCAAACCUUUCUCUGUUCCUAGAGGCAGCUAGUGGCUUCUAUACUCAGUUAUUACAAGAACUGUGUACAGUAUUUAAUGUAGAUUUACCAUGCCGUGUGAAGUCUUCCCAAUUGGGAAUUAUCAGCAAUAAACAGACGCAUACCAGCGCCAUAGUGAAGCCACAGUCUAGCUCCUGUUCCUAUAUCUGCCAGCACUGCCUCGUCCACCUUGGAGACAUUGCUCGAUACAGAAACCAGACCAGCCAGGCAGAGUCCUACUAUAGGCAUGCAGCUCAGCUUGUCCCCUCCAAUGGUCAGCCUUAUAAUCAGUUGGCUAUCUUAGCUUCUUCCAAAGGAGACCAUCUGACCACAAUUUUCUACUACUGCAGAAGCAUUGCUGUGAAGUUCCCUUUCCCAGCUGCCUCCACUAAUCUGCAAAAAGCACUUUCUAAAGCACUGGAAAGCCGAGAUGAGGUGAAAACCAAGUGGGGUGUUUCUGACUUCAUCAAGGCCUUUAUUAAAUUCCACGGUCAUGUGUACCUGAGUAAGAGCUUGGAAAAGUUGAGCCCUCUUCGAGAGAAAUUGGAAGAACAGUUUAAGAGGCUGCUAUUCCAAAAAGCUUUCAACUCUCAGCAGUUAGUUCAUGUCACUGUCAUUAACCUGUUUCAACUUCAUCACCUUCGUGACUUUAGCAAUGAAACCGAGCAGCACAGUUACAGCCAAGAUGAGCAGCUAUGUUGGACACAGUUGCUGGCCCUCUUUAUGUCUUUUCUUGGCAUCCUGUGCAAGUGUCCUCUACAGAAUGAGUCUCAGGAGGAGUCCUACAAUGCCUAUCCUCUUCCAGCAGUCAAGGUCUCCAUGGACUGGCUAAGACUCAGACCCAGGGUCUUUCAGGAGGCAGUGGUGGAUGAAAGACAGUACAUUUGGCCCUGGUUGAUUUCUCUUCUGAAUAGUUUCCAUCCCCAUGAAGAGGACCUCUCAAGUACUAGUGCGACACCACUUCCAGAGGAGUUUGAAUUACAAGGAUUUUUGGCAUUGAGACCUUCUUUCAGGAACUUGGAUUUUUCCAAAGGUCACCAGGGUAUUACAGGAGACAAAGAAGGCCAGCAACGACGAAUACGACAGCAGCGCUUGAUCUCUAUAGGCAAAUGGAUUGCUGAUAAUCAGCCAAGGCUGAUUCAAUGUGAAAAUGAGGUAGGGAAAUUGUUGUUUAUCACAGAAAUCCCAGAAUUAAUACUGGAAGACCCCAGUGAAGCCAAAGAGAACCUCAUUCUGCAAGAAACAUCUGUGAUAGAGUCGCUGGCUGCAGAUGGGAGCCCAGGGCUAAAAUCAGUGCUAUCUACAAGCCGAAAUUUGAGCAACAACUGUGACACAGGAGAGAAGCCAGUGGUUACCUUCAAAGAAAACAUUAAGCCACGAGAAGUGAACAGAGACCAAGGAAGAAGUUUUCCUCCCAAAGAGGUGAGAAGGGACUAUAGCAAAGGAAUAACUGUAACUAAGAAUGAUGGAAAGAAGGACAACAACAAGAGGAAAACUGAAACCAAGAAAUGCACCUUAGAAAAGUUACAGGAAACAGGAAAGCAGAAUGUGGCAGUGCAGGUAAAAUCCCAGACAGAACUAAGAAAGACUCCAGUGUCUGAAGCCAGAAAAACACCUGUAACUCAAACCCCAACUCAAGCAAGUAACUCCCAGUUCAUCCCCAUUCAUCACCCUGGAGCCUUCCCUCCUCUUCCCAGCAGGCCAGGGUUUCCGCCCCCAACAUAUGUUAUCCCCCCUCCUGUGGCAUUUUCUAUGGGCUCAGGUUACACCUUCCCAGCUGGUGUUUCUGUCCCAGGAACCUUUCUUCAGCCUACAGCUCACUCUCCAGCAGGAAACCAGGUGCAAGCUGGGAAACAGUCCCACAUUCCUUACAGCCAGCAACGGCCCUCUGGACCAGGGCCAAUGAACCAGGGACCUCAACAAUCACAGCCACCUUCCCAGCAACCCCUUACAUCUUUACCAGCUCAGCCAACAGCACAGUCUACAAGCCAGUUGCAGGUUCAAGCUCUAACUCAGCAACAACAAUCCCCUACAAAAGCUGUGCCGGCUUUGGGGAAAAGCCCGCCUCACCACUCUGGAUUCCAGCAGUAUCAACAGGCAGAUGCCUCCAAACAGCUGUGGAAUCCCCCUCAGGUUCAAGGCCCAUUAGGGAAAAUUAUGCCUGUGAAACAGCCCUACUACCUUCAGACCCAAGACCCCAUAAAACUGUUUGAGCCGUCAUUGCAACCUCCUGUAAUGCAGCAGCAGCCUCUAGAAAAAAAAAUGAAGCCUUUUCCCAUGGAGCCAUAUAACCAUAAUCCCUCAGAAGUCAAGGUCCCAGAAUUCUACUGGGAUUCUUCCUACAGCAUGGCUGAUAACAGAUCUGUGAUGGCACAGCAAGCAAAUAUAGACCGCAGGGGCAAACGGUCACCAGGAGUCUUCCGUCCAGAGCAGGAUCCUGUACCCAGGAUGCCGUUUGAGAAAUCCUUAUUGGAGAAGCCUUCAGAGCUCAUGUCACAUUCAUCCUCUUUCCUGUCCCUCACCGGAUUCUCUCUCAAUCAGGAAAGAUACCCAAAUAAUAGUAUGUUCAAUGAGGUAUAUGGGAAAAACCUGACAUCCAGCUCCAAAGCAGAACUCAGUCCCUCAAUGGCCCCCCAGGAAACAUCUCUGUAUUCCCUUUUUGAAGGGACUCCGUGGUCUCCAUCACUUCCUGCCAGUUCAGAUCAUUCAACACCAGCCAGCCAGUCUCCUCAUUCCUCUAACCCAAGCAGCCUGCCCAGCUCUCCUCCAACACACAACCAUAAUUCUGUUCCAUUCUCCAAUUUUGGACCCAUUGGGACUCCAGAUAACAGGGAUAGGAGGACUGCAGAUCGGUGGAAAACUGAUAAGCCAGCCAUGGGUGGGUUUGGCAUUGAUUAUCUCUCAGCAACGUCAUCCUCUGAGAGCAGUUGGCAUCAGGCCAGCACUCCGAGUGGCACCUGGACAGGCCAUGGCCCCUCCAUGGAGGAUUCCUCUGCUGUCCUCAUGGAAAGCCUAAAGUCUAUCUGGUCCAGUUCCAUGAUGCAUCCUGGACCUUCCGCUCUGGAGCAGCUGUUAAUGCAGCAGAAGCAGAAACAGCAACGGGGACAAGGCACCAUGAACCCUCCACACUGAGGCCAAAGUGGCAACCUGGGAAUGAAGGCUCCAUAAACCAUGGCAUGUUGGGUUUGCAGGACUGGCCCACACAGUCCCCUGCAGGUGGCAGCCCUCUUUUCUGUUUCUCGCUGUCAAGAGGGUGUAAGUAUUCCACCAGCCCGCUGAGUGUGCACGAAAUGUUCGCAGUGCAACAAAAAGAAAAAUCCAUCAGGAACUCUCCGUCCCCCCGGGGCCUUCCGGAGGGAGAGAGAGAGGAACUGCUGUUUAUCUCACUCAGUUACUUGGUAUCACCGCCUCUCACCUUCUCCAUCGUGCAUGUCCCCAGCCACACGGGAAGUGAAAGCUGAGAAGGGAAGGCAGAUGGGAGAAGCCAAUGGGAACUUCUCAGUCCUUUUUUCCUCUUUGGGGAAUAAAAUAGGAAUCCAUUAAUGAUUGCUUUGCUGACUGAGAAUGUAGUUGAAAUUAUUCUUAAACAUCUUUUAUUAUUAUUACUCUCAGUAGUAAAAUAUCACACUGAAUUCUUCCAUACACAGGUGUGCUUCUAGUCAGUGUGUAGCAAGGAAAGCCCCGUUCACUGUUCCUGUGAGAGGUUGGUGGUGACAGAAUGGGGAACCGACCUCUUCAGCCAGUGGAAAUGUUCCAUAAGGGAGAGUUCAAGGCCUCUCAGAAGGCUCUGGUAGGCCCUCUUCUGGCCAGGAGACUCCAGCAGGAAAUGCCCUUCACUCUGUAGGUGCUCGAGCCCCAAUCGAGGAUACAGUGUGGGUGGUGGUGCUGGGCUGGACUAGCAGGUGACUGCUGUAGGAUUUCAAAUUACGUUUUUGAUUCCUGUACCUUUUACAGUCACACAGCAAGCAGUCCCACAGAAGGCAGGCUAGUCCAUUCACAGCCUGGCACGUUCUAAUAGGUAGAAGCUUUCAGUGUGGUUAUUUUUUCUUUGGUUGGUUUUUGUGCCCCCAUUCUACUUCCCACCCUCCUGCCCCAUCUCCAUCCCUUCUUUUACCCAAUGCUGUAUGCUAGUAAUUGUUUUUAUUCCUAAUGUGUGCAACAUCACAUCUCCCCAAGAAGCAACAGCAUGGGGUCCAGCAGUUGGGGCCCAAAAGACAGUCUGAAGAGGAAGGAAGCAGCAGUAUCUGCGUAGCCCACAGAGGGCCCAGGCCCCUGCCCAGCUGCAGUCUCCCAGCCUCCACUUUCAGAGUGAAAUUCAAGGCAGCGCGGACAUGUGCCCAUCACGCACAGAAGAAAACAUGACGUCGUCCAUUUUGGAAGAGACAAAAGAAAGGAAAAUAAACUCUUUAUUUGAUAUUUAUUAGGAGGAAAGAGGACUGAAAAUGUUCUUGUGUAGAAACAGAAGGACAGCAUUUCUGUUAGUCAUUUCCUGGAAAAAUAAUAUUUUAAGGGGAAAUUAUGGAAACAAUCUAAAUGUUCAAUUGCUGUGCUAGUGGUAGGGUUUAUUUUCUGGGAGGUCUCUCCUUUGUGUGUCUGUGAGUAUGUUUGUGUACACACACAUGCCCAUCUGCUGUCCCAGAGGGGAGGGGUUGUGUGUGUGAGUGUAUGGAGUUAGUGUGGAACUUAAGAGCUGGAACACAGCUGUAGAGCAAAGCACAUCCAGGAGCCCCGGUUGUCACUGGAGUCUGGGCAACCCCAGCAAUGAAAAGGGGUGAGAUAAUGCUCAUUGCUCUUCAGAGAGAGUGGUUGGAGCCCACCCCCCCGCCGCCCCCCCGUAUGCUUACAUUAUUGCUCUUUUAGUUUGACAUGGUGUUUGGGUUUUGUUUUGGUUUUUUGAAAGGUCUGAAAAGGUGAAGCCCCCCACCCAAUGGCAAUAUGAAACCUUUUGUGCUUCUCUUCAGCCCCUUCCCUGUGUCCACCUUUCUCUCCUUCCCAAGCCUUUUUCCUACUACCUUUACCCAGUUUGUGUGUUUGAGCUCUGCAUUCAGGCAGCUGCAACAUUCCAGUGUUUGAACUGUCACUGAUUCUUGCGCCCUAGACAAGCUAACCAGGUUUACCAUCUCACUCCCAGUAAUACCCAGCUCCCAUCUAAAGCCCCAUUCUGCAUGAGAAUUUGGUGUUUGGAAUGUUUUCUGACUCUUGGGGCGGGAUUCCUCGCCUUAUCAUCCUCACUGUGGAGUAAUGAGGAGGGGGAGGAGAAUCUUUAUCAGAAACUGGUUUUGUGUAGUAAACUUCUUUUGUGGUUUUUUGUUUUGUUUUCUGGGUUUUGUUUUUUGUUUUUGUCUGUCUGUGCAAGACCUGCAGCUGCUGAAAAUCAGCUUUGCCUUUAAUUAAACCAUGUUCUCUCCAACCA